GCACUCCGGCUGGCCACCCUGAAGCUCUCCCCUCCCUUGGACAUUCUCUCUCUCUCACACACACACUCGCACACACAUCUCCAGCUCUCCUUUUCUGUCCCCCUCCCCCGCUUACUUUGUCUCUGCUCUCUCAGACCUAUACCCGAAGCCCCAACGACCUCCUUUCCGACAUGCUAUUCUCCAACCCGGACUCCUGAUCUUCCCCUUCCCUGGCAUCUGGCUCUGCUGCAAGCAUUCCUCUGUCUUUCACCCCCAGCUCUUUUCAGCCGGUGCCUUGCUCCCCUUGCUCCCAGCAUGACUCCCACCCGUGCUCCAUGGGCCUCUCCCAAACUUCUCCAAUAUGAUUCUUUCGCCCUGAUAUCCUUUCCACCAGUCUACCCACUCUGCACCCUUUAAGGCUCCCUUCCAUACAACACUAACCCUGUUACACCACCCUGCAGUAUCACCCUACCCCAAACUUCCCACACCCCCGCCGCACCCUGAGAGUCUCCCAGGGAGUCACUCCCACCCUCUCUUCAUCCCGCUUACUCCCCUUCCCCCCAGGAUCACCUUCCUCAUUUUCUCCCUGUCCCCCAGCGCUCCCCCUGCCCCACCCCAUCCUUCAUCUCCUCCAAGUCUUUCCCCAUCCUCCCAUUCUCCCCCUGAGGAGCGCCCCCCUCUCCCCUAGCAGCCUCUACCUCCUCCAGCCUCCCAGAUCAUCCUUGCUUCUCUGUCUCUUCCAUCCCCGCGCCCCCCGUGACUCCUCCUGCUACCCCCGUUUCUCAUAGCUCCCAUCCCCCGUGACUCCCCCUCCCCCCCAUCUCUCCAUCGCACCCUCCGUGCCGUUCACUCCUCCAGAAUCCCCCUUGCUAUUCCCUCGCCCCAUCUGGCCCGCCGUGCUCCCGCCCCAGUCCCGCCCGGCUCCCCGGCUGCGUGCUCCAGGCUGGGUGCGCGCCAUGGGCAGCGGCAGCAGCCGGAGCAGCGGGAUCCCGAGGCGGCGACGCAGCCCUGACAGGCGCCAGACAGGCCUGGGAGAGACAGCCUCGGAGGGCGGCACGGCUGACCAGGCCCCGACGGCCGUGGGGCAGGAGGAGAGCGGCCGCGACCCCCGCCCCGCGACGCCCCCCGGCGGCCGGGAGGAGACCCUGCGCCUGCUGGAUCAGUUGCUGGCCGAGUCGGAGGCCUGGGGGCCCCAGGAGCCGACCCCACGAGGCCCCGCCCGGCUCGCACCCGCGGUGUCCCCAGAGAAGAAGGUUAAAGGCAACCCUGAAGACAGCUGUGCCUCUGAAGCCCCGGGGAACAGCCCCAAGAGACCCGAGGGGCAGUCGGCCAUCUCCUAUGACUACUCCGAAGAGGAGCUCAUGGCGAGCAUUGAGCGGGAGUACUGCCGCUGAGCUGGACAAGCAGCCCUGGGCAUCACUGGCCUUGCAGGUCUGUGAACUGGGCUACAGUCAAGGGCACCAGCUUGCCCUACCUGUGAUCUAGUCAGAGGGGAACCACUUCUAAAUGCAGCUAUCUUCCCAAACUGAGUCACAGUCGGAGUCCUACAAAUAGCCUGGCAGACCAAGAGUAGGUGCCAGGCCACACGUGUGUGUGUGUGUACCCCCUCUUACAAUGAGGGGUAGCCUGGCUGUGUGGCUCCCCUGGAUUCUGAGCUGUUUGUUCUACUUACUCAUUUUCCAGGUGGGGAAGGGUCAACCCCUCUUGGCAUUUGUGCCACAGGCUUCUAGAAGUUUCCACCAAGGUAUGUUCUCAGUCUUCAGACUACGGUUUCUCCAGAGCGAUGCAGUUUCCUCCGUGUAUGUCAGUUUCCAAGUAUCCGGAUGGCAGGCAGAUGAUGAGUGUGUAGGUCUAGGUGGGUCCAGAGAUUGUAUUUCUGACAGCUUCAAGGUAAUGGUAAGCUGCAAAGACUGAAGAGCUUCAGCGUGUACAAGGGACUCAGGGCCUGAGCCCCCUGGCUUCUCCCUUCCGUAUGCUGGGGGCUCUUCCAAGCCACAGUGUAGCAGCCUCCCCUGCUUGGAUGCAGCAGGAAGAGAGAGGGCUGGGAACCACAGACUUCUUUGGCAUCCCGGUAUUACAUUAGCUUGCUACCACUUCCCUCUCUGGGCCUCUCAGUUUCUCUCUUGGGGAGAAUCCUGGAGGUUCUUUGAGGUCUUUCAAGCUCUAUUAGUUUGGCAGCUAGACAAACUGAGGGUUUGUGUCAGAAAAGGGGGUAGAGAAUAGAGACACAACGGCAUCUUUUGCUAAGGUCAAAACAGGUCUCGGUUUAUGUUGCAUCCCCGGACCAAGACAGUGGCCUUCAGCAGCAUCUUCCCUCUCCUGAGAACAGCUGCCAGUCCAUGAAUCCUCAGAACACAACCUAGAGUAUCUCAGGAACCAAGGAAGAAUGGUCACUGGGACCGUCCCCACACCCUCAGUCCUUUGCUGUCACCUACAAAUGAUUCCAUGAACUCGUGACUUGACAAGAGUACCUUUGAGUACUUGGCUGGGAGACUGCUACAGUUGGAGCCCAGAGCCAUGGAGUGUCUACCAGUCGGCUGAGGGUCCAGUCAAAACCUCCCAGAGCUAGCAACUGUAUCUUACUGGAGCCCAAAGGACUGCUUUUGCUAUGAAAAUGAAGCUGUUUCUAUUUUGAUAACACAAAUAUUAAAAAUGCUUAUUUUAAAAGAGGUUAAAAAUGUUAAUGUUUUUUUACCAAAGGACAAAUUAGGCUUUGAACCUGAUGUUGUAAAUAUUUACAGCUGUAUGUGUCUGUUCCAAUAGGGACUUUCAUCUGAUCAAGAGGAAGAUGGGGGAUAAAAAGAGAGGAGAAAGACGGUAGCUCUGCCUUUCCUGGGGAAACCCUUAAUGAGAUCAAGGUGCUAAGAUAGGAAACUUACAACUCACAGUAGUUAACAUUCACCAACAUGAAGGUAUGCAUCUUCUCAAACCUAAGAAGCCACCGCCAUUCCCAGAUCAGCAAAGAACAGCAAAAAGAACAGCAAAAAACCAAAACCCCAAACCAAACAAAACCCUAAAUUCCAGGAAAGGAUCUACUGAGCAGUGGCUAGCCAAACCAAGUGUCUGA